AUGGCUUCAGCAUGGCAAAGCGUUCAGUCCAUGCACCAGUGGAUGUUGGAGAAUGGAGAUAAGAGGACAGAUCCAUGGUUACUGGUCUACUCUCCCAUGCCAGUGGCUUCUAUAUUCCUCCUCUAUCUCGGUGUGGUCUGGGCUGGGCCCAAGCUGAUGAAACACAGGCAACCUGUUGACCUCAAGGCUGUGCUCAUUGUCUACAACUUCGCCAUGGUCUGCCUGUCUGUCUACAUGUUCCACGAGUUCUUGGUCACGUCCAUGCUGUCUAACUACAGUUACUUGUGUCAACCUGUGGAUUACAGUACUAGCCCACUGGCGAUGAGGAUGGCCAAAGCAUGCUGGUGGUUUUUCUUCUCCAAGGUCAUAGAAUUGGCUGACACGGUGUUUUUCAUCCUGAGGAAGAAGAACAGUCAGCUGACCUUCCUGCAUGUCUAUCACCAUGGCACCAUGAUCUUCAACUGGUGGGCAGGGGCGAAGUACCUGGCUGGAGGCCAAUCGUUCUGCAUUGGUCUUCUCAACACCUUCGUCCACACUGUAAUGUACUCCUACUACGGACUGGCUGCUCUUGGGCCUCACAUGCAAAAGUACUUAUGGUGGAAACGCUAUCUGACGUCACUUCAGCUGCUCCAGUUUGUCCUGCUGACCACUCACACAGGCUACAACCUCUUCACUGAGUGUGACUUCCCAGACUCCAUGAAUGCCUAUGUGUUUUUCUACUGUGUCAGCCUCAUCCUACUCUUCAGCAACUUCUACUAUCAGAGCUACCUCAGCAGGAAGAGCAAGAAGACGUGA